AUGUUUCGUUCGCUUUGCACGCAAGUUGUGUCUGUAGCACUCCUCGUCGGUCAGGCCUGUGCUUGGGCUAGUCCGAAUUGUUCGUUGUCACCACUUGGCGCCGGUCAGGAUGAUACCGAUCAGAUUGAAGCCGCUAUCAAGAAAUGUGGCCAUGGCUGUAACACGGUGUUCGCGCCAGGUGAAUACAACAUUACUAGGAAGAUGACUUGGAACCUUCAGUCGGCGAGGGUUGACCUUGAAGGCUACCUCAACUUCAAAUUUGACCUUCCCUACUGGAUGGACCCAGCUAAUACUUACAGGGUGAUCUUCAUCCAAAGUCAAGCCUCCUGGUUCGUCAUCACAGGCAACGAUUUCAUCGUCGACGCACACAACAUGGGCGGUAUUAUCGGUAACGGCCAACAGUGGUGGUCUUGGUAUGGCAACGCAUCUCGCGAGGACGGUGAUGGCCGACCUGUUUCCUUGUCGCUCGUGAACGUGACUGGUGGGACCAUCAAGGACUUCAGGAUCGACCACCCGCCGUUUUGGUGCAACGCCGUCGUGGAUUCCAAGAACGUGGUGUAUGACGGGAUGUGGACGAACGCGUCGAAUUCAGACCCGCUGUACUUCAACCAAAACGUUGUGCCGAACACAGAUGGCAUCGACACAUACCGUUCUGAUAACAUCACGCUCAUCAAUUGGGAUAUCACGAGUGGAGACGACUGCAUUGCCAUCAAAGGGAACUCCACGAAUAUAUACGCCAAAAAUAUCACCUGCCGUGGCGGGAAUGGCAUUGCUUUCGGGUCCCUGGGACAAUAUGCAAAUCUGGCUGACAACGUCAACAAUGUUGUCAUGGAGGACUUGGCCUUACUUCGUCCCGACCCUGUGAUCCAGCCCAAUAUGAUCCACGGGGUGUACUUCAAAUCGUGGACAGGGACAAGGAUAGGCUUUCCCCCUACGGGAGGCGGUGGGGGCCCAGGUCUUGUCACCGGCAUCGAGAUCCGCAACAUGUACGUAGACAACGUCACGUCUCCCGUGCAGCUGUACCAAACAAACUCGGGACUCCCAGGCGACGCGCCCUCCGAGCUGCAAUUUGAGAACCUGUCGUUCUCGAACAUCACGGGGACGGCAUUAAGAAAUCUUCUUGUCGACAUCCGGUGCAGCCCCGAUGCGCCUUGCCCGAACAUCACGUUCUCGGGCCUGAAUGUGACGCCGCCGAAUGGCGAGUCGCCUGCGUACAACUGUUACAAUGUCGUGGGCGGGCUGCAGGGCCUCUCUGCGUGCAACGCAACAGAUUCAUCAUGA